UGUUCAGCCCUGCUCUGACAGAUGGAUCCAUUGGGGACAUGAUCUAUUUCACUCCCUAUAAAAACCCUGGGCUGGUGCUGGAUAUAGUAGAUGAUAUCCGUAGGUUGAACAGCAAGGCAGUGUUUGCCAAGAGGACAGGGAUGAUUAUUCUGGGUGGGGGCCUGGUCAAACACCAUAUAGCCAAUGCCAAUCUGAUGAGAAACGGAGCAGACUAUGCAGUGUUUGUGAACACGGGGCAGGAGUUUGAUGGUUCAGACUCAGGGGCCAGACCUGAUGAGGCAGUGUCUUGGGGGAAGAUCCGCAUGGACGCCAAGCCAGUCAAGGUGUAUGCUGAUGCUUCCAUAGUCUUCCCACUGCUGGUAGCUGAGACGUUUGCCCACCAUGCUGACAAGCUGAUUCCUGAGAAGAAAGAAUAACCAAACUAACCAAGGUGUUCCCACUCAACACAUAAAGGAAUAAUCCACAAAAAACAACUCUUUGGUUUUUUGUUUUAUUAGUCCACUGUUAAUACAGUCCCAAAAUGUUUUGCAUGUCAGCAGUCAAGUUUUCAAGAUAUAGAACUUUCAAAAAGCUAAUUGUCUCUUGCCACAUUAUCAUGAUAAUGCAUCAUAUGACAAUCUCUCUUUGCAUCUAUUUUUAGAUAUGAUGUUCUGUUUACUGACUAUUCUCUCCAUUAUUUCAGAUAGAAGUAUUUGGCACUGGUAGACAGUGUGUACCUCUUAUUUUUAGAAUGACAUAAAUUGUUUAUCCACAUGUUUUGUUUACCCAAAUGCUUAGUACAUUUGCUAAGUGUAGCUUAAGUGUUUUUGUUGUUGAAUGAAGUGAAUUAUCAUGUACCAAUGAGUCAUGCGUGUGUAUGCGUGCAUACUUGCACGUUUGAGAAUGACAUUGCAGACUGAGACAUUACUAUAUGGUAAACUUACUCAUAAGAGAUGUUAUUUUUAUAAGUUAGUGAGAGGGUCUCUUUAGGGGAGCAUGCACUGUUAUUCAAAGAAACGCUUACCAGAGGUGAAAUGUAUUCGUCUUUAUUACCUAGUACCUACUCGUGUAUAUUACUAUGUAUUAGGAGUGUCUUAAAUAUAUCUGAAAAUGUAAAUGAAU